CCCCGAGACACACGCGCAUGUUGGGCGAAGCAGUUGGUUGAACUUGUCUGUCUUCAUACACUCGCAGAUUUUUGGAUCCACUGCAGGAAUAAUGAUGUUCUGCAGAGCGGCUUGGCAGAGACUCGCGCCCCUGGCACGCAAAACACUUUAUCCUUUAUCCAGAAAUGUUGUACCUACACGUCAGAUGUCCUUUGGGAUACCUGCAUCAGGCACAAACAUCGCCUAUAUGGUGCUUGGUGGAGGCUCACUUACUGCUGCUCUUGUAUAUGCUUAUAAGACAAUAAACUCUGACAGCGCAAGAUAUAAUGACAGAAUCGCUCAAAUCGAGGCCAGACCUAAGAAGGUAGUAGUCGCAGUGGCCGAGGCGGCCCCAGUAGCAGAAGCAGCCUCAGAUUUGGAAACUAAAGUGGAACUCUCCACCACCACUGAGGCCACCACCACAGAACCUAUUGCUGAGGUGGUUGCUGCAGAACCCACCCCUGCUGCUGCAGAGGCUCCUGCUUUUGAGGCUGUUGUUGCUGUAGAAGAAGCUCCUGCAGAACUCCUGGUUGCUGCAGCAGUAGAGGUUGAGGAAGCCAUUGUAGAGGCAGUAGCUCCUGCUGUUGAGGAAACUGCUGCACCUGUUGUUGAAGAUGUUGCUACUGAGGCACCUGCUGGAGAGACAACUGGUGAGACAUGUUCUGUUGAAGAAGCAGCUUGAAUCCCCAGAAGUCUAGAUGCCUGUGUAACCCUAUAUGAACCUUCCCCAUCCCUUCACCAGAACACUCCAUUAAGCUGUAGUUGGAUUCUCCUACUGUACUGUCAUGCUUCUUUUAAUUGAUUAAUCAGCUGUGGACUAUCUGUAUCCUCUGAGCAGGAAUAAGUGUCCUUUUUACACUUGUGAACUCCACAGGGUGCUAAUCCCACAGUGACUUUGAGGAGGAGGAGAUGUUAAGGGCAGUCAAAGAGAACUGAAUGGGAACAAAAACAUGUCUAUGGAACCUUUUCAUAAACUGUGAUGACAAGUUUCCAUCUUGUUUCACAGCAUAAAUCUAACAAUUGUAUAUAUUUUAAUUAUUUUUUACAUCUGAUUGCUGUAAUCCAUCUCUCUCUCAUUUUUCUUCAUUUUGAAAACUUGUUUAAACGUAAUAGGGUUUAAACGUAAUAAUAAAAUAAACGUUUCUUUUGCUAUUGGAGCAAAUGUGAAGGCAAAAACUAGAGUUUGCCCCACUAGAGUUUACUUCCACAUUCCAACACCGGAAAUGUGAAAAGGGUCCAUUCACUAAAAUUCACCUUUUCUAAAAUCAUUCCAAGGGGCUUGUUUUUUAUCCCAGCUUCAGCCUGUUUUAUGACACUUUAAUAUAUUUUGUAGCUCACCUCUGUAUUUGUUAAUCUCUCCUCCUGGAUGUGCCUGCUGUAGCCUCAGAACCUGUGGUAGGUGUCUAGUGCCUUGUUUUUUUUUUUAUAAAUCUAUACAUGUGCAAGGAAACAGUUUCUCUUGAUUUUUCACAACAAAGACAAAUAAGCAUCCAAAAUAAAAUGAUGCACUUUAGAAUAAGGUUCUAUUUAUUAGCAUUAGUAAAUGCAUUAGCUAUUAUUUAAUAACACUGCAUAAUAUUUUAACAGCAUUCAUGAAUCUUGGUUAAUGUUGAUUUAUAAAAAUACAAGUGCUCAUUGUUAGUUCAUAGUGCAUUAACUAAUGUUAUCGUAUACAAUAUUUAAUUUUGAAAAUAUAGAUGUUGCAAUUAGCAUUAACCAAGAUAAAUACAUGCUGUAAAAUUAAUAAUCAUUGUUAAGUUUUAAUGUUAAGGUAUACAACCUUAUGGUAAAGUGUUACUAAUGAAACAUUUACUACAUUUUUUUUUUGUUUUUUUUUACCUGUCUUGCCUGUUUUUUGAGGUACUCUUGCAGAAUGGUGGCAUGAGGGUUAGGCUAACAAGUCACGUUUACCAUUUCCAGGUUAAACUAUUUACACAUGGUUUACAUCAAGAUAGAGCAUUUUUUUUUUAUGUUUUAUCCAAUGUUUUUCUAUAUUAACACCUCUCUCCCUCUGUAAAAAAAAAAAAUAAAAUAAAAUAAUAGCUGUUGGGAUGGAGGCAAAGCCCCCUCACAAAAUGAUUAAAUGUUUGAAUUUAUAAAAAUAAAGUUCUUAAAAUUAUAAUAAA